AUGGAUAGCAUUUUAACAAGAAACCCGCCUGCUUUGGUCGAAACAAAAGUGUUGGAUCGAAGUGCCAAGCGUUUGCAUAGGGAGCUGGUUCCUAAGAACGUGUUUAAGAAGUUCGAUCUCAAAAAUGAUAGAAAGGAUAUUGAAAUUUUCUACUUUAACCUGCGUAGCAAGUUUAUAGAAGAUGGUAUUUUGAAAGUCUCUUACAACACCCUUGUAGGUCGCAACCUAUUUUAUAAACUAACUGAACUCAAAAUGAGAGUCACAGAUGUUCAGUCUACAAUCAUUAAGCAGAAAUCUAAUUUUAGGUGCAUAAAGAAAGUCCUAAAUGAUGUUGAACAAGCUUUAUCCGAUUAUUUUAACUACGAACAGGAAAGAAUGCAGGAGUUGAUAAAAAUGGAAUUAAGUCUAUGGCAGGAUUGCACAAUUUUUGCAGAAAGGAUUGAGUUUUGGAAACACUAUUCUUCUCACCAGAUGCGUCCUCCGGCUGGGCCCAUACGCUCACAAGAGUUUAACCUAACUAAGGAUGAAAGUAAUCUACCAGAGGUUUUCGACUUCCAGGCAGAGGCUCUUUCAGCAAGGCUGCCUUGCGAGCGCAAUUCAGUGGCCAAAACACGUCUCCAAUCAGCGCCUUCGUCGGAUCGGCAGCAGCAAAGAGCUCGAGUGGAUGUAUGUCAUGGGCCCAAGUAUCGAGAAACGGGGUGGAGAUUGGAGGUGGCACGGGGGUCCAAAGAGGAGAAAAAUUCUAGUGAAGAGAGGAAGCCCCAAAAGAGAAUACAAGAAUUGAGGGCCCACUUGGAAGUGCAUUACUCAAAAAUUGGGACUGUGGGUGCGAUUCAAACCGGUAGACGUUUGCUUCACUGUAAUAUGGAACGGGGCACAGGGCAGUGUCUCACAGAAUUUGUCAAGGAAAGAAUACAAGAAGAUAAACUCCACUUGAUGCGGCUACAACUGGAACGGAAACGGUCAAAGCCGCGAGCCCUAGGGGAACGGGAAGCCUGCAUCAAUCGGCGCAACCCCGAGAAAGCAAUAGGCUACACGGAGCUGUGGGGUCUUCGAGUUCAGGCUCUAAAGAGUAAGGAAAAGUUGCCUCAGCCCUAG